AUGGUACAUCCAGGUAGGCUUCUGGUACUGGCGCCACGGAAGACCGUCUUCUGCCUCGAGCACUUCCUCCAAGCAUCAGGACAGAUACAGGCCAGUCUCAUCAAGUACCGAGCAAGCGCCCUUACAGAAGUUAGCGAAGCGCCAAGACGUAACCUCAAGCGAUGCCACGCCAGCUCCGGACGUGUCAGCAAGCGAGGCCCUCCAGCACCGCCGAGGAGGGUCCAGCCACGACGAGCUGUGAGAGGUAGAGCCCCUGCCCCUGAGACGCAGGAACCGACAUGCUGCCCCACUGCAGUCCACGACCGCGUCGAUGCUGCCUCGAUGCAAUCUCGCGAGGAGACGGGCUGGAAGGUUCGCGGGCUUCGUCAGAACGGCGUCCCCACGAUUACGAGCUGCGUAUUACCGAAGGUCAUCGUCCAGGAGCUGAGAACAGCAUUAGGACACCUUCGCGGGAGGAAGAGGAGCUGCGGCAACGUCGGAGCAUGCACUUUCGGCGCGGGAGCAUGGAUAUGUGUCUUUUGUGAUGCUCAGCAACAGGCAUGGCGGGCGUCACAGGAGAUGGAGGUCACGUCAACGAAGCUCCUCUGCCCGGAGCCAGCUCCCGUGGCAGACAUGGGUUGUCAGGAGAUGGCGAAGCAGUCUGCCGGGGUGGUUCGGCCUGUGAGACCACGGCAAGGCAAAAUAGACGAGCAACGCGUGGUGGCGAUCGGUCCACUGCGCUUCGUAGUGGACAUUUGCGACGGGGAAGCCAAGAUGAUGUUCGUGCCGACGGACAGUUAUUGA